GUUCGAACAUCGAGCAGCUUCCGGGUGGAGAUAUACACGUAUUGUAUCAAUAAUAAUAACAUCGAACUAGAGGACCAUCGAUAAGGAGAGAAAGAGAAAACGAGUCGCGGCUACUUUUGGUGUAUUUUGUAAUUACCGAUUAAGGAGAAGAAAAAGAAAAGCAGACAAAAUGUCGAGGAUUUUCGGAUUCAUUAUUGUUGGAGCGUUCCUGACGGUCGCUUAUGGUGCUCCAACAACGCAGGAAGUCGUACAAAGUCCUUCGAUUCUUGAAGAGGCUCUCGACGUUUACGCUUCUUGCUCCGGUGAAUCGGAUCUUUCCGUCUGUCUGAAGUUGAAGGCUUUACGUUUCGUCGAUAGAGCUGCUAGGGCAAGUGAUAUCAAUGUCAUCGAUGGAUUCAGGAUUGUCCAAACCGAGGAAGCCAAGAGCAAUAGCCGUGUUGACAACGCAAGGUCAUUUAAUGAUAUCGAAAGUUCCCUGCCGACUGAAGUUGAAGCCAAGGAAGCUGCGAUCGAUCAAGCUAUCGUAGACAGGACGGCCCGAUUUCUUUCAACCCAUACUGUAGAACUCAGUCUUCCAGAAGAAUUCUCUCGUUCCUUGGACGAAGCUCGUGGAAAGAAGAAGAAGAUCGUGAAAUCCUUAUUACCGAUCUUACUUCUCGUAAAAGCAAAAGCAGCUAUUCUGAUCCCGCUUGCUCUCGGUGCCCUCGCUCUGCUUGCUUUUAAAGCCCUCGUCAUCGGCAAGAUCGCCCUAAUUAUUAGUGCUAUCAUCGGACUUCAAAAACUUCUAGCUAGCAAGAAUCAGAGUUACGAGGUCGUCGCUCAUCCGGUUCACAGCCAUGCUCAUUACGAGGCCGAUCAUGGUGACCAUCAUGGCUGGGCAAGAUCCGCUGGAUCCGAUCUCGCCUACAGCGCGUACAAGCCAUCCGAAUAGUUUCUUCAAGAGGACAUCAAAAGUCUCCACCACAUCUAACUCAUCUACCUUCGUACAAAGGACGAUCGUCGCUGCGUUCUUAGCGAAAUCGUCGAAAGGAUUGCCUCGGCUGUGCUCUCCACCCUUCCACUUAUUCUCGACGAUCACCGUCGAAACGCUUCUCCAAACAUUCGACUCACACGGACGGAUGGACGUUCCUUCGACAACGAGAUUUUUACGUUUUCUCUCUUUUCUCUUCUAUCUUUUUUUACUAAACUUUAUAUCGAUACUUGUGACGCGACGUGGACGAUCUAUAAAAACACAGACUAAAUCGUUUAAACAUUGCUAAAUCGGUGUUAAAAGAGACUCCGCCGUUUUAAGUUUUUUCUUCGACAAGUGCCGUGAGAUAGUGUAUCGACAAUUUCGAGCAUAAUGACCAAAAAACAAAAGAGACAGAGAGAGAGAGAGAGAGAGAGAGA